AAUUUUCUGUCGUUAGAAAUGAGCAAAUAAAUGAUUAACUACGGAAGUUGUCGGUUUUCAAAUUGCAAUUUUAAUAUUUGUGACAUGGUUAAUAUUUGUGGCGAGCUAGCAUAGCUUAAUGAAACCAAUGUUUUCAACUAGCUAAUGUUCGCUGCUUCAUGCUAAUAUGCGUUUAUCGUGGGAUGGAUGUUGAAAAACGCAGUUAAACAUUAGGAGGAAGGAGGACCAUCCUCCUCAGUGAAUUUCAUAACUUUACAAAUGUUUUACAUUUUUUAGAUAAAACUAUACUAAAUAUAUUCACGUCACCAAAUAAUUAAUUAAAACCCAAGGUCUGUAGGGUAGCGUUAUGGUGUAGCUGGGGGGAUAGCUAGUUUCCGUCCUCCUCUGGGGAGGCUUAUGGUUCUCACCCCCUUCCAUAGACUAGCACAGUAAUUAUGACAACUUCUGGAAAAUGUACUCCGAGUGAUUAGAGCUCUUGCAACAAAAACUGACUUUCUUUUCUCCACCCAAGCAAAGGAUCAGUAAAUGAUUCUAGUAUUGAAUGCAUAAGCCACAGCUAGCGAGCACUGCAUAAAAUGUGAUGGAGGCGAACAACUAUUUCAACUAUGGCACCCACUCCUCUGUGUCUGUUAACUCAGGACUGAAACUCUCCUCAGGGGAUUCUGUCUAUACUAAUGGGUCCUCCACGAGUUUCCCUCAGCAGGAGAAGAAUAUGAACGGCGAAAUGAAUGUGAAUGGCAGCACUACUGUAAUUGGGUCCAGUGUGUCUGGCUCCCAACCUCCAACAGCCCCAUACCCUCAUAUGAGCAACCACCACCACCAGAGUAGCAUGGGCUACGACUACCUGUGGGGAGGACAGCCACAAUACAGCCCAGUCAUGAGCUUGUCUCCUGGGCAUGGCAUGCACCAGAAGCAGCCUCCCACUGGGGUGAUGCAGCAACAGAGCCAGCAGCAUUUCCAGGGUCACGGACAGUACCAACUGAACGGGGGCAUGCCUGGGUCCCAUCAGCCCCCCGUGGUGCCACCCCCAAACAUGAAUCUUACAGGGGGCCAGUAUUGGAACAGGGUUAACCCGGGGCAACAGCAGAGCAGCACAGCCAUGGCAAUGGGGUAUAACUCGCACAGCGUGUACGGGGCCUACCAGAGCCAGGUGCACCCUGGGAUUGCGCCCUCACACCAUCACCAGCAGCAGCCUCCACAGCCACCCCCUCACCAACAGACACAGCAACACCACCACCAGCAGCAGCAGCAACCUCAGCACUACAGCAUGGUGUCCAACGGGAUUCCCUACUACCAGCACCAGCCCCAGCACCCACCUCUUCCCGCUCCACAACCUCAGGCUCAGAUGAUGCCCCCUACCCCCCAGAAUUUCACCCCUCCACGGGGAAGUCCCCAGCACCACCAGAUGGGCCGGGGGGGCACAGGCAGCCCCCUCCCCAUGGCGGUGUCUUCUGUCCCCAUGAUGUCACCCUCGACAAUGGCGGAUAGUGGAUCGCCCCAGAGUCAGACGAGGGAGAGGAGUCCUCAUGGUGGUUCUGUAGCGAUGCCAGCUGUCAUGCAAGGGCGGAUGAGUGAAGCGUUUAAGGAUGUGGAUAAAGGCUACAAUGGGAUGGAGAGGGCGUCUGUCGCCCAGCGGCUGCCUAAAAGCGACAGCUACCCUCCCAAGCCCCCUGGACCUCGCAUGGGGCCCACCAAUGACUACUGCCAGCGCUCCAAGCAGCCAAUGGCCCAGCACCAUGAAAUGACUACCUUAGCGAGGGAGUCUGCGCUGCCUGAGCCUCCACACUCGAUGUCGGCGCCUCCCCCUGUGGUUUCCACACCUCCUUCAGCUAAGGCAGUAACCCCUCCUAGGGUCUCUGCAGUGUCUAUGGCUCAUAUGAGUGCCUCAGGGCCUCCUGUUGUUUCAUCUUCCUCCGUUACUUCUACGCCUCCCCGAAACUCAGCUCCUCCCGUGUCCUCUGCUCCUUCUCCCCCUGUGCUCGGGCCUCCUCCCAGGCUGUCGUCGCCUCCUCUGAUGUUACAAGGCCUAAGACCUUUUCCAGUGACUGUGUCCACACUUCCAUCAGUCGUAUCACCUCCCUCCUCAUUGUCUGCACCUCCUCCUAUGCCAUCUGCUCUUUCUCCUUUACUGGACAAAUCCUCUAGACCUCCAUCUGUGUCUGCUCCCAAUUCAGUCAGUGCUCAUCCCCCAGUGUCUGUGGCACAUCUGACUGCUCACACUACAUCUACACCUCCUGCAGUGGUCUUGACUUCUACCAUGGUGUCUGCUCUCCCGCACUCCAUGUCUGUGCCUAUCCCCGCUCUUCAACAGAUGGUCCAAGGAUCCAGACUACCUCCUCUGACUUCUUCUCCCCCUGCUUUAUUUGGAGCACCUCGAGAAACGUUUUGUUGUCUCGAGGUGUCUGCAUCUGCUCCUUCCCCAGCGGUGUCUACUCCCUCGGUGGCAGUCAUGGCACCUCCCUCAGCAGUGUCCAGGCCGCAUUCGGCAGUCAGUUCACGUUCUAUAUCAGUGUCCUCACUUUCUCAAUCAGUGUCUACUUGUCCCCUAGCAGUUUCUGCCCCUCCCGCAGUGUCUGUGUCUGUAAUGUCCUCCUUUCCAAAGGAGGUGUCUAUGCCUCUUCUAACAGUCCAAGGCCCUAGAGCUCUACCUUUGUCUGGACCUCCUCCUCUCACAUCCCAAACCUCCAGAGCUCCUCCAUUGUCUGAGUCACCUGCCUUGAUGUCUGUACCUCUUGCAGUGAUGACUGCUCCUCUUGAGGUACCUUCUGCACCUCCACUAUCCGCCCCUGCUCCUCCACAAGCUCCUAAACGGAUGGUUCCCCCAGAGCCAGAGGAGCGAUGCAUGGGGAACAUGAAGUACAUGGGGAACAUGAAGGAUCCCUCUGUAGAAGCAGACAGAGUCAAAACAUCAUCAAAGAUUGAUUCCGUAGGGUCUCCGACUCGUCAAUGUGAAAAACACUCAAUCAAACCCCUCACAGUUAUUCCUGGGACGACACUGCACCCCAAGAACCAAGAGGACUCCCCUGGGGACCAAGUUUGUGCUGAGAAAAAUGACACCACCCCGAUGAGCGGUGCAGACAUUCCCCUGGAGAAGAGAAGUCUGGAUGACAUCUGUGUGACGGAUGAGUCAACAGUUGAUGAGUCUUUUGACGAGUCCUUGCAGGCGGAGUCCAUACGCCUCGACAGCACCCAUAUGGAAGACCUCAGCCUCACUGAGGAAGAUGACAUCAGUAACAACUCGUCAUUUGACGAUGCCUCUCGGUUUGACGAAACUUCUAGACUUGACGAUACCUCUCGCAUGAAUGACACAUCUCGAUUGGAUGACAUCUCCCGCGUAGAUGGUGAUAACUCUCUGUUUGACGAUACCUCUCACACGGAUGAUGACACUUCCCGCUUUGACGACAGCUCUCGCGUAGAUGGCAACAAAUCUCUAUUUGACUACAGCGCUCGCAUGGAUGACAGCGCUCGCAUGGAUGACAGCGCUCGCAUGGAUGACAGCGCUCGCAUGGAUGACAGCGCUCGCAUGGAUGACAGCGCUCGCAUGGAUGACAGCGCUCGCAUGGAUGACAGCGCUCGCAUGGAUGACAGCGCUCGCAUGGAUGACAGCGCUCGCAUGGAUGACAGCGCUCGCAUGGAUGACAGCGCUCGCAUGGAUGACAGCGCUCGCAUGGAUGACAGCGCUCGCAUGGAUGACAGCGCUCGCAUGGAUGACAGCACUCGCAUGGAUGACAGCACUCGCAUGGAUGACAGCACUCGCAUGGAUGACAGCACUCGCAUGGAUGACAGCACUCACGUGGAGGAAACAUCACAUGUUGGAGACACUACAAUGGAUAGCAGCUUCUCCUUUGUGGAGGACUCUAGGGAAUUGACUCUGGAUGAUACCCAGACAGAGAACGUUUCUCGGGCAGAGGAGACCAUGGACAGCUGCCUGAGCACCAAGGAGUCCAUGCUGGAGUCCUCUCUGAACAACACCUCUCAGAUGCAGGACUCCAGUGUUGACGUGUCCCAGAAUGACAUCUCUCGGUCAAGCUCAAAUUUCCCUGCUAAACCAACCCCAGCCUACGAAGGUGACCGCGAGGCAGAGGUCUGCGAUAUACCAGACUCCACUGGCACCACCAGCACCAAGGCCAGUGCUGCUACCAUCAUGGCACCACCUGUUAUCGUGGAUAAAGGCAAGCACACAGCGGCGCUCAGUGCCCUGGUGGAAAGCCUGGUUGGAGCCCCGCUCCUGCCCCUAGGUGCCCCAGCCGUGCCCACGACUGGCCAAAAGACCAAAACACCAAGGAAACCCAGGAAGCCACGCACUCAAGCAGCCUCCAUUCCCGUUCCGCAGGCCCCUGGGAAAGCCCAGCGGAAGUCUGCUAUUAAAACUCCAAAGGUAGAGAAGAUAAAGGUAGAGAGGAGGAAGAAGCUUGAGGUAGGAGAGAACAAGGAAAAGGGACGACCUAGAAAGAGAAAGAAGAAGAUUGAAUCAGUAGCAGCCACAGGAGAGCCUGAACAUUCUGCUGAAGGCCUACUUCCUGGUCAAAGUGGACCAGUCACUACCAUUGGUAAACCAUGUCUGACCAGUGGCGAGACCCCACCAGUAAUCAAACCCAAGAAAGUUAGAGUCAAGAAAGUAAGUGUUCUGGAGCCGAAGCCACACAAAAUAGCAAAAAUGGACAUUGACACUAAACCCAAUGAUGAUGACAAUAACGUCAACGACGGCGACGACAGUUCCACUGCGGGUGACACUCCUAGAAGGAGGAUAGCAACAGAGGAGCAGGUCUACUUCCCUCUGCUCCACGGCUGGAGGAGGGAGAUCCGGGUCAAGAAGAAUGAGGACCGACUCAAGGGCGAGACCUGGUACUACAGCCCCUGUGGGAGGAGGAUGAAGCAGUUUCCUGAAGUCAUCAAGUAUCUGAACAGGCACCAGGACACUGCUGUGACCAGGGAACACUUCAGUUUCAGCCCCCGCAUGCCUGUAGGAGACUUCUACGAGGAGAGGGACUCCACUGAGGGAGUGAAAUGGUGCCUACUGGCCAAUGAGGAGGUGCCCUCCAUGAUCAUGGCCAUCACAGGCCGACGUGGCCGACCUCCAAACCCUGACAAAGAGAUGCCCCGGCCCCGAGCUCGUCGUACCAAGGGUGGGCCAGUCCGAAAGCCCGGGAGGCCGCCCAAACCCAAGAUGGUGGACCUGCUGAGCAAGGUGGACGCCAGAAUGCUGAAGAGGCUAGAGGCCAAGGAUGGUCUGACUGAGGAGGACAAGGAGAAACUUGUCAAAAUCAAGAAGAAAAUGAAGAGAAAGGCAAGGAUGAAAAGAAAGGAGGAUAACAAGAAUAAAAAGAUCCGACAGGAGAAAAAGCAAGCGAAGCUGGACAAGGAGACCAAGGAGGUGAAGGCUGAACCAGCCGACCAGGAGGCCUCACAGCCGGCCCCACCACAGCCACCCGCCCCUGAGCCCAAGAAGCGCGGCCCUAGGAAGAAGGUUGAGGUGCCGCCACCGGUUGUGGAGACUGACCAGGAGAGGUUGGCCAAGGGGAAAAGGGUGCUGGGGGCCAGGAGUAAGGCCAAAGCCCUGGCUGCGGCCCAGGCAGAGGCGGAGGCUGCAGCCCAGGCAGCCCUGGCAGCUAAGAAGCAGGUGGAGAGGAGGGCCCAGGCCCAGAGACGGCUGGAGGAGAGGAGGAGACAGCAGAUGAUCCUGGAGGAGCUGAAGAAGCCCAUUGAGGACAUGUGUCUCACAGACCACCAGCCCCUUCCGGAGCUGUCUCGGAUCCCUGGCUUGGUUCUUUCUGGUGUGGCCUUCUCCCACUGCCUGACUGUGGUGGAGUUCCUGUACUGCUAUGGCAAGGUGCUGGGCCUCCACAUCCCCACUGAUGUGCCUAGCCUCAGCACCCUGCAGGAGGGCCUCCUGGGCCUGGGAGACAGUCAAAGCGAGGUCCAGGAUCUGCUCAUAAAGCUGGUGGAGGCCGCACUACACGACCCAGGCCUGCCACCCUACUACCAGUCGGUGAAGAUCCUAGGGGAGAAGCUGGUGGACCUGGAGCUGACUCGCAGCACAGUGUCUGAGGGCCUGAGGAUCUUCCUGGAGUCCCAUGGCUUUGACAUGGAGGUGUGCAACGUGCUGCGGACCAAGACCUUCCUUACCCUCAACCCCGACACCAAGGCUGCCAUCCUGGGCUUCCUGGUGGAGGAGCUCAACGGCAGCAACAUUGUCAUAAGUGAGAUUGACAACACACUGGAAAACAGGGCUACGUACAGGAAGAACAAGUGGAUCAUCGAGGGGAAAUUGCGCAAACUGAAGGCAGCUCUAGCACGGCGUACGGGGCGGUCUGAGGAGGAGCUCUAUCUAGAGGAGAGGAGGCGCAGUGUCAGGGUGGCAGAGGAGGAGAACCUCAGUCUGGAAGAAAGUGGCGGCCCCAUGGAGAGGGGCAGCCGCCGCCGCACACCCAAGGAGGAUGCCAAACUGAAUGAAACUGACAGCCCCACCAACGCCAGCAUUCCAGAGUUGGAGAGGCAGAUCGAUAAGCUAACCAAGCGACAGGUGUUUUUCCGUAAGAAGCUGCUCCAGUCCUCCCACUCCCUGCGGGCGGUGUCUCUGGGCCAGGACCGGUUCCGCCGGAGAUACUGGCUCCUGCCCCACCUGGGAGGGGUGCUGGUGGAGGGGCCUGAGGAGAUCCUAGCGACAGAAGAUAUCCUGGUGAAAGAGGUGCCCGUCACUCUUCUGAAGAGGGAACCCAAAGUGGAGGAGAAGCCCACUACCGCCCCUCCCGCCUCCUCUCCCCAGUCCCAGACCUCCUUGCCCCCUAAAGAGGACCCUCUCCCCGGCACCGCCUCUCUUAUGAGCAGUCCCAGGGCCCGGGGUCGCCCCCGCAAGAUCAAACCAGAGGUGGAGCUACACCUCCGCACCGCCAAGUGUCGCCGCCGUCGCCGUAGCAGCAAGUCCGGCGGGGAGGAGUCGGGGCCAGGCGUUUCCCCGGACACCACCACCACCACCACCAAUGGAACAGAAGACCUCACUCAGUCCACUUUCAGCAACUGUCUCAGCCAAUUUCAGGGCGCCUUAACCAACGGGACGGAGCCAAUAACAGGGACGGCACCUAAAGGCAGACUACAAGAGGAUAGCGUGAAAGAGAUGGCGGAGAAACGGGGGCAGUGGUUCAACCUGCUGCCAAAACAGCCUUGUGACAAAACCUCUCUGACAGAACCUCAGACCCCCCCCAGCAAGCCGCCCAAACGCCUCCCUCUGACCCCCAGCACCCUGCCUGCCCUUGCUGCUCCACUGCUGCAGUCUGUAUCAGACCCCACACCCCAUGUGACCCCCAGUCCAGCCAAACCAGGGCGCAGGCGGAGGAGGGGCGGCAGUCCCGCCCGCAGGGCUGGCGCUAGAGCGGCUGCAGCUAAGCGUCGUGGCCGCCCUUCUUCCACACUCUUCCAGGAGAUAGAGCAACAGUACUUCACUCAGCUCGUGGUCAAGCCAAUUCCAGCAUCAAUGGUGCGUGGCUGGUGGUGGAUAAAGGAGCCUGAGGACCUGACGGCCACCCUGCAGGCCCUGCACCCACGAGGCAUCCGGGAGAAGGUGCUCCACAAACACUUGGCCAAACACAUGGAGUACCUGGCUGAGGUCUGCACACGGCCCAUCAACGACCCUAUAUUCCAGGUGAAGGUGAAGGAGGGAGAGGCCCUGCUAGAGUCCCUGCAGCAGCCAUGGCAGGUCCAGGAGCGGGCCCUGGAGACAGAUGUCGGAGCCCUCCGCUGGGUGGAGGACCUGGAGCAGAGGGUCAUUGCCGCCGACCUGCACCUCAAGAUGGCUCCUCAGAAUGGAAGGAGCGACACUGACAAUAACACGGAAACGCCAGCCGCAGGAUUCCAGCCCUACACAGUUCCAGAGGUGGACUCCACGCGUGACGACCUGCAGUACUACGAGCAUGAUGUGGACCCCCGGGACGACUGGAUCGUGCGGACCAAGAAGGAGUGGUCAGACCUGCCCCGUGUGGCCAGCCACCCGCUGGACCUGGCCGUCCUGCGCCUGGCCAACCUGGAGAGAAACAUCGACCGGCGCUACCUGAAGGAGCCCCUCUGGAACCUGGCCGAGGUGGUGCGUCUCGCCCCCCUCACCCCCGAGGAGAGCCAGAUGGGCCAGAUGGAUGUCAUGAGUUUGGAGAGUGAGAUCACCCCCAGAUUGCGGACAUGGCGCCAGGCCCUGGACCGCUGUCGGAGCGCCCCCCAGCUAUGUCUGUGUCUGCUGCAGCUGGAGAAGGCCAUCGCCUGGGAGAGAUCUGUGGUCAAAGUGACGUGUCAGGUGUGCAGGAAGGGGGAUAAUGAUGAGUACCUGCUGUUGUGUGACGGCUGUGACCGUGGCUGCCACAUGUACUGCCUGAGGCCAAAGGUCACCCAGGUGCCAGAGGGGGACUGGUUCUGCCCCACCUGCGUAUCCAAGGCUAGUGACGGUGAGUCACCACGUAGCAACCAUCGCUCCUCCAAGCAGAGGACCCGGGUGAAGAAGAGGAGGUACGAAGAUGACAGUUCUGAUGAAGAGGCGGUGCCCAGCAAACGCAGCGGUGGUGGUGCUAAUAUAGCAACACGGCAUAAGGACGGUGGCCCUGCCUUAUCCUCCCGUUACUCUGGAGAUGGAGGUCGCACAGCGGGCUUCUCACCCGCCAAGCGCCGCCGCAUGACCACCCGCAACCAGCCCGACCUCACCUACUGCGAAAUCAUUCUGAUGGAAAUGGAGUCUCAUUCUGACGCCUGGCCCUUCCUGGAGCCCGUCAACCCCCGCAUGGUGCCCGGCUACCGACGCAUCAUCAAGAACCCCAUGGACUUCCUCACCAUGAGGGAGAGGCUGCUGCAGGGAGGGUACUGCAGCUGUGAGGAGUUUGCAGCAGACGCCCAUCUGGUGUUCAACAACUGCGAGCUGUUCAACGAGGACACGUCAGAGGUGGGCAUGGCUGGACACUCCAUGAAGCGCUUCUUCGAGAACCGCUGGGCUGAGUUCUACGCGAGCAAAGACCAAUAGGACUCUUGUGCUGGGGGCAGGGUCACCCAUUGGCUAAUGCUUACGCUCCCCGUUACUACGAAGACUGUCUGGGCCGGAGAAUCCUCCGGCUCGCUGUAUACAUAUAUGUAUAGAUCUAUGUAUAGAUUUGGAUAUUUGUCUCUUCUUGUUUUUCCCUUUCUCUGCUUCACCUUUUUUAAAACCUCAACCGUUGGCUUGAAAUUCUCUCGACGACAGAGGGGGAUGUUUGAGCUCUCUUCUUCCCUCUGCACCCUCCCUUCUGUUCCUAGACACCUGUUUGGAAUUUUCCUGUUGUCAUGUUAUCUCCUAAGCCACACCCCUUGUCUCAUAAGGCCACGGUAUUCGUCCAUCCCUUCCUCUGGGGGCGGGAGGAGGGUCUGAGGCCCUGAGCGGAUUGGGUUCUCAAACUCUGCCCUCUGACCGCAACAGGAGGUCUGCCAGACCAAUGUGUCACUGCAGACCGGACAUGCUCUGACCUCGUUUCCACCAUAUAGAUCAUAACCCUAAGGUCCUCUCUGAACUCAAACACUUUGGGAUUGGACCCUCUUUUAACUGUUCAAUGGAAAUGUAGUAUGGUCUUAUGCCUGAAGCAAUUUUUCUCACUAUAUUUUUAUUAUAUAUUCUAUAUAUGUGUAUAUAUAUAUAGAGUACAAUAGCUGGGAUUAUUUAAUAGCAAUAGCUUGUAGUGAAUGUGUACAGACUAUAUAGUUGAGAUGUCUAGACGAUUUAUGAAAAGGCCAGUAAAACAAAAUGGAAAGGAGUGUUUGUUUUUGUUUUUCCCCCUGAAGACUUACAUUGUGUAACAACCCCUGACCUAACUCAUACACACCCACACUCCUGCUGCUUUGUGAAGGUCACUGGUUUCAGAAACUGGGGGCUUUAGUGUAUUUUCUUUUCUGUCCUGUUUUUUUCUGUUUUUUUUUCUGCUCCAUAAUGACAACUAAGACCGGUAGUCACAGCAACGGGAAUCGUCAGGUGUGGUGUGUUCAUAGAUGGUGUCAAUAGAACUGAAAUGACGCUACCGCCAUUAUUAAAUGCGGUUUGCUUUGUGUUGCAGCUCUUUACCAUAUUGGUCAAAUUGUGCAGAAAGCUAGCAGGCUGCUGAAAUCUUAUUGGUUGACUGUUCGCAAACAAAAUGAUGUCACGUUUUUUUAGUGACACCCGUUCAUGGGAAGAAUUGUUUUGAUUUUACAGAAAAUUGUCACUCAAUAUUUCUUACAAUGCAUUUGUUUUCUCACUAAAUUUAAAGGACCUUCAUAGGAAUUUGUUUAACACUGGAAAUGUUCAGUCUCAUCAAUUUCAAAUGAACGUAGAAACACCCCCAAAAAUAAAAGCUUGAUAACUUGAUGUAACCGUUUAAAAUUGGGGAGAAGCUAUAACUCUUAUGAAUACUGCAGAAUAACUGUAAAUAUGCAUUGAGAGGUUUCUUCUGCUUGUGGGUUUCUGAAUCUUGACAGUUAAGCGCAGGUAUCACUUGUGUGUUAAGAGAAACAUUUUGUUCUAGACACCUACUGAUUAAAAGCCUUCAAAACAAGUAUGUCCACAUUUUGCUAAGCUCAUGUUCCAUUUAUAAAUCUUUUGUUUGUUUUUUAAGUGGCCACUGUGCCCCACAGUGGAGGAGUCAUAAUACCCAUAAAAUACUAGCGGUCAAACAGGGAAAUAGUUCCAAUUGUUUUUCCACCGUAAAUUGUUCUAAUAUGGGGAAAAACACUUAAAGUAAGCAUUGUGUUUUGUGUAGGCUUACCUAGGUGUGACAUUUUCAUAACCAUGUAAGUCUCUCUCGGACAAGGUGACUUUUUUUAUUAAUAUAUUUUUCUCUUUUUACUCUGAUUUGAAAAUGCUAAUUCGCAUCAGAGUAGAUGCAAAACGACAAAGCCCUGCAUGUCAUCGCUAGCUGACACCUUUAGUAACAGGUAUUGUUAAUUUAAAACUUGCACGAGACGGUUCACAGAAUUGUCAAUUUUUAAUCUAAUGUAGCCAAUUUACACAAUACCACAUUUAGAAAACAUGAGUUAAUCCAGGUUUUCUUACCUUUGCCUCAAUUUGGCGGUCUCGUCCAGAUCAUCAUGGCAUUUGUAGUUAUUUUUGAUAGCCUAAUUAGCAAUUCAUUUUGGGGGGGUAAAUACAAUUGAUAAAAGUCACCUUGUCUGAGAGAUUUUAGAAGGUAAUUGAAAUGUCACCCCAGGGUAAGCCUAAAUGAAACACAGUUUUAGAAACACAGUUUCUAAAAUCCCCUAUGGGAAAAAUAUUAAUGGUGGGAAAAUGAUUGGAACCAUUUCCCUGUUUGACCGCUAGGUUUUCUGGGUAUUAUGACUCCUACUGUGGUACUCUAGCGUGGCAUGGUUGGUGUGUUAUGGGAAAGGUAUGAAGGCGGCAUGACGAUACUUCACAAUCCGGGUUUUAUUUAAAGCGUGGUUUCUUACACAACUCAAACUGGUCAAUAGGAAAUUAAUUUUUGUGUUCCUUUCUUCACAAAAGGGACAUUCCUUUUUCUAUAUAAAAAAAACGAACUAAAAGACAUGAAUUAAAACCAAAUCUGGUGUUAAGUGAAUUUUUCAUAAUGUACAGUUUUUGUGACUACAUUUGUUCCUUUCUAUAUUUUUAGGACCAAUAUAAUUUUUAAGAGGUAUUACAAGACCAUGUUGUAUCUUGGUGAUGUAACACGUGUGCAUCUGUAGAAUGUACUGUUAGUUGAAUAAAAACCACAUCUAGUAGAGACUACA